AUGGAACAACAUACUCCUAUCAAAAAGAUUAAUAUUUCAAGUACUCAUGUGGACGUAAUAGGACGUGACUACCACCUUGUAUCAAGCGACGAAGAUUCAGAAGAUAAUAUUCCUUUAGAAAACUUGAGAGUUCCUUCAAAUUCUGCAACAACAUCUUCAUUCCAGCAAUUGAUACCCACACCUAAUUAUGUUGUUAUUAAAAAUAAACCAAGGCGAAGAAAGGCAAUAAAUUAUAAGGGUCGCAUAAUAACAAAAGAUUUAUUCAAAGAAAAGGAAAAGAAAAAAGAAAUGAAAAGAAGCAGGAAAACAGAACACGAAUCUCAAAGAUAUGAAAAAUCACGAAAAAACCAAAGACAGACUUAA